AUGGCUCUUCCGAUCGAGAUCAUAGAAAUUGUGCUGUUAAAAUUAUCAGUUAAAUCUCUUCUCCGAUUCAAAUCAGUAUGCAAGUCAUGGAAUAUUCUGAUUUCAGAUCCUGUGUUCGUACGUAAACAUCAUCUCCGACAGCUUCAAUCGAAGGGCUCGGAGAAUCUUUUUCUACUCAAGAAUUCAGAGGUUAAUUCAUACGGGUUUUCUUUGGUUAAAUUUGAAGAGAAAGGUCAAAAAAUCGAAACUUUACAACAAGUUUUCGGCCCCUAUUUAUGGGCAACGGUUUUAUGCUUUUGCGAAGGGCUGAUACUAAUUUCCGACCUUUCGAAUAAGAAUUUCGCGCUGUGGAAUCCAUCGACUCGAACACACACAUAUUUUCAGGCCACGUUUUACUGCGGUGAGGCGGCUUUUGGGAUUUGCCAUGAUCCGAUCACCGAUGAUUUUAAGGUUGUUAUCGCGAAAUCGUACGAUUACUCGGUUUAUUCUUGUAACAACAACUCCUGGACAAUGCUGGAAAAAAGGUACGAAACUAAGUACAAUGAUUACCGUGUAGAGUACGGAUUGGGGGUCUGUGUUGACGGGGUUAGCUAUUGGGCUUCGACGCACAAGCCACAGAUAGUGUAUUACGAUCCCAGAGACGACGAGUUCAAGAUCUUGGAGAAACCGGAAAUUUUAAACGACACCAAAUCGAUUCACGUGGUUGAAUUGAUGGGAUGUUUGGGCAUGUAUUGUUAUAAAGGGAGUAACGAGACGAGUGUUCGGAUUUGGACAAAGGGAAAGGGCAUCGACAAUCAUUCAUGGAACGAGUUGGUGAAUGUUGAGAAUGUUGUGAAUGUGGCAAAGUCAACUUGGCGGAUUGAGCCGCAGUGUUUGGUCGGAAACGAGAUUGUGAUUCGAACGAAUGAACCAAAAGACGAUGGAUUAGUAGUCUACAACCCUUGUAAGAAUACGUUUGAUGCGUUUGAAGAGAUAAAGGUUUUUGGAUUUGGGUUGGUUCCGUAUAUGGAAACUCUGUUCUUCCCCGUUGAGAAAUCGGGUCGAAUCAUUACAGGUGAAUUUGGUUUUCCCAUUGAGAAACCAGAGACUAUGGAGGACUAA